AAUUGCUUGAAAUUUGUGGAAAAUCAAACAAACCAGAAGAUUUUAAGGAAAAAAUGGCAGAUUCUACCAAGGAUACCGUCGAAGAAAAGACAACUGCUGACCACGAAGUCCUUCAAAAGUACAAAGCAGCUGGAGAUAUCGUCAACAAAACGAUCCAAUUGUUGCUCAAGGAGAUCAAAGCAGGUGCUUCCGUGAAGACCCUCUGCGAGAAGGGAGACAAGAAUAUCGAAGUUGAAGCUUCAAAGAAAUACAAGAACACAAAGGACAUCAAAAAGGGCGUCGCAUUCCCCGUUUGCUUGUCCGUAAACAAUUGCAUUUGUCACUUUUCGCCGAGCAAAAAUGAUCCCGACUACGAACUAAAGGAUGGCGAUGUCGUGAAACUCGAUUUGGGCGCGCACAUUGACGGAUUUAUCGCCGUUGCCGCUUACACGGUCGUCGUUGGCGCCACGCCCGAAAACAAGGUCAAAGGCCGCAAAGCUGACGUCAUUCUCGCUGCCCACAAUGCCUCUCAAGCUGCCAUCCGCCUCCUGAAACACGGAAACGGCAAUUACGCCGUCACGGAUGCCGUGCAGAAAAUCUCCGAAGUCUACAAAUGCAAACCGAUCGAGGGCAUGCUGAGUCACCAGUUGAAACAGAACAAAAUGGAUGGCGAAAAAACGAUCAUCCAAAAUCCGACGGCGGCGCAACGAAAGGAACACGAAAAAUGCGAAAUGGAGCAUUACGAGGUCUAUGCGAUGGAUGUGCUCGUGAGCACGGGCGAGGGGCAAGGCAAGGAACUCGACACGAAAGUGACGAUUUACAAAAAAACCGACGAAAAUUAUCUGUUGAAGUUGAAGGCAUCGAAGAAUUUCUAUGCUGAGGUGAAGCAAAAGUAUGGAAACAUGCCAUUCAACUUGAGAUAUUUCGAGGAAGAGGCAAAGGCUAAGAUGGGAGUUGUAGAAUGCGUAGCACACAAGCUAAUUGAACCUUUCCAGGUUUUGUACGAAAAGAAAACUGAAUUCGUUGCCCAAUUCAAACACACCUGCUUGCUACUUCCCAACGGUCUCUGUAUGGUAACUGGAUUCCCCUUCGACGAGUCUUUGUACGAAAGCGAGCACAGUAUUCCCGAUGGCGAAGUAAAGGAUUUGGUGACGGCAGAACUUAAAUUGGUCGAUGGUCCCGAACCGGCGAAAGAUAAAAAACCGAAAAAACCCAAGAAGGGCAAGGAAAAUGCUGCUGCAGCUCCCGCCGCUGCCGAAAAGAAGGCUUGAGAGCAAAAACAUGAAGAAAAAAAAAACUAAACAACAGGAAUAAAUUCUAAAACCGCGCGCGCUCAUAGAGUAUAAGUGAAUUUGAUCAUUUUUAAUUUUAUCUCGUUUUUUUUAAUGAGAAUUUCUCCCAGUUAUUAAUUUUGUAUGAAAAUACAAAAAAAAAAAUUGACCGUACCGAAAAAUUUAAUUUUUGCAAGUUUUUGAAUGAAAGAUUCAAUUUUUUUAUAUUGUUAGAAAAAAUUUCUAAUAAAGUUUCUGCGAUGAAUCGUUUAAGUUUGGGUCCUUUUUGAAACAUUGUACUACUAAGUUACUUAAAAAAAAUCAGAAAAAAUUACUUGAACUUAAAGUUUUUGAAAAAUAAAG